AUGUUCCUGGAUGCUCAUCUCGCCGUCGCUCUGACGCGUGGUCGGGCUCCGGGCUGCGACCAUGAUGAUCAGGUCCUUCACGACCAGCUCCUUGCUGUCCAGCACAACCUGGGCCAGCGUCCCCAGCCCCAACCUGGACAGCAACAGCAUCACUUGCAGCCAAAUCCGGCCGGGUCGCGGGAUCAAGCCAACAUUGACCCGGCCAUCUCGGGGGCCGCCAUGAUGGCCGCCCCGCAGACUCCCACUCAGCCGCACCAAGGAUCUCCAGAUGACACGCCCAAGGGGUUUGGCAAGCGCGAGCUGUCAACAUCCAAGCGUGCCGCCCAGAAUCGCGCCGCCCAGCGCGCUUUUCGCCAACGGAAGGAGACCUACAUCCGCAAACUUGAGGAUGAGGUCAAGAACAUCGAUGCCAAGAACGAGCAGCUUAAACACCUGUCUAACGAGAACUACGCUUUACGGGACUAUGUCAUUACCCUGCAGUCUCGCCUGAUGGACCUGCAGGCCGAUCCGCGCCCCGAACUCAACCUCGCCGGCAGCCUCGGCGGGCCCUCGGGAUCAAUGGUAGCUCCCACUGGUCCCCACCAAGGACAACACCCCGGCAAUCCUAACGACGACAUGAACUCGCUGAACCGCAUCGCCUCGGCUGGUCUCAUGCGCAAGCCACACGAGGAAACCAACUUCAUGAGCAACAAUUUCCAGCCCCAACCCCAGCCCAACAAACGCAUGCGUGGAGAUGAGAACCAGGACGACGUUACCGUGCCAAAGCAGGAAGGUCAUGGCAUCCCGCUCGGACAAUGA